GGGUUUUGUUUAGCGGACUAAAUAAGCGGCGAAGCAGCUCAGUGUCGGAUUCUGAUUUACCUUGAUCUAAUUCGAUUCUGUGAAAAACAUGGCUGCCCAGAUUAGCAAGAAGCGCAAGUUUGUUGCCGAUGGAGUUUUCUUUGCAGAGUUAAAUGAGGUUUUGACCCGGGAACUUGCUGAGGAUGGAUACUCUGGGGUUGAAGUUAGGGUUACUCCCAUGCGUACUGAGAUCAUCAUUAGGGCCACACGUACCCAAAAUGUUCUCGGUGAGAAAGGUAGAAGGAUUAGAGAGCUUACUUCUGUUGUUCAGAAACGAUUCAAAUUUCCACAGGACAGUGUAGAGCUCUAUGCUGAGAAGGUUAACAACAGGGGUCUUUGUGCCAUUGCUCAGGCUGAAUCCCUGCGCUACAAGCUCCUUGGAGGACUUGCUGUCAGAAGGGCUUGCUAUGGUGUCCUAAGAUUUAUCAUGGAGAGUGGGGCAAAGGGAUGUGAGGUCAUUGUGAGUGGGAAGCUCCGUGCUCAGCGUGCCAAAUCAAUGAAGUUCAAGGAUGGUUACAUGAUAUCUUCUGGUCAACCUUGCAAAGAGUACAUUGACUCAGCUAUUAGGCAUGUUCUUCUUAGGCAGGGUGUGCUAGGUAUCAAGGUUAGAAUCAUGCUUGAUUGGGAUCCAAAGGGCAAGCAGGGCCCAACAACCCCAUUGCCUGAUCUUGUUACAAUCCAUCCUCCCAAGGAGGAGGAAGAGUACCUUCCACCCGUGAUGACAACCAACAUUGAGAUUCCGGUUGCUUAAAAUCUUUGCGGGCUUUUCUCAAAUAUGCAAUAUGUAGUGUUUAUCCAAACCAUCUCUUGUUUUUAAAUUAGUAGAACAAGGCAAGUAUGAAUAGAUCUUUUGCCUGUUUUAGCUUUUUCAUCAAUAUUAUAAAUUUUGAGUUGUUUAAUUUGUAUUCCAAGGAGAUGUUUUCGUUAAAACUAAAAUUUCUGGCCCUGC